AGGGCCUUUGGCUGUAUGCCAAGUGGGCACAGGAUGUGUGUGGAUGCGCCGGGAGUGGGCCACCCCGAGGGGCUGAAAUUCAUAGGGCAGCAGGAUAUAAACAGGGCAGAGGCCCAGGGCCGAGGUGCGGCAAGGAUGGCUCUGCUACUGCUGAGCCUGGGGCUGAGCCUCAUCUCGGCCCAGGAGUUCAACCCCUACAGGGUUGUGCAGAGGAACUACAACAUGGCCAGGGUUUCAGGGGUCUGGUAUUCUAUUUUCAUGGCCUCAGAUGACCCAAGUCGGAUUAAAGACGAUGGGGACCUAAGGGUCUUCGUCCGGAAUAUUGAACACUUGAAGAACGGCAGCCUCAGAUUUGAUUUCCAAUGCAUGGUGCAGGGGGAGUGCGUGGCUGUGGCAGUGGUCUGCAAGAAGACAGAGAAGAAUGGGGAAUACUCCAUCAACUAUGAGGGCGAGAACACAGUGGCAGUCUCAGAGACUGAUUACAAUCUGUUCAUCACCUUCCACCUCCAUAACUUCAGGAAUGGGAGCGAGACCAACGUGCUGGCACUCUACGCACGCGUCCCACAGCUGGAACCCUCCUUCCUGAGCAGAUUUGAAGAAACCUGCAGAAAGUACGGACUCGGCCCACAAAAUAUUGUCGACUUGACCAAUGAAGAUCACUGCUACUCCAAGCGCUAGAGGAGCCCACCCAGGAGGCCCGGGAGGACAAUGUGUGAGCUGUGGCUCAGGUCAGGGAGGGAGCUGGACGGGGAGAGCUUGGGGCCAAUGUCAGAGGCUGGGGGUCCCAGCCCAGGAGGACCACCAGUGCCCACCUCUCCCCUGGUCUGGGAACAGAACACAAGGUGCUUGGUGAAAGGUGCUGUGAAAAGCAUCACUGGAGUUGAGGCAGGGAUGGGGCCUUCCAGGGUGGUAGGGUCUGAGCAGAAAGUGCGAUGAGGCCUGUGGGAGUCUCCAGGGGCUGCGGUCACCAAGAGCAGGUGACUCAGACAACCAGGAUUUACUUUCUCACAGCCUGGAGCCCGAGGUCUGCAAUCCGAGGCUGUGCUCCCUCCACAGGUGCCAGGGAGGGUCCUUCCUGCCUCUUCCAGCUGUGGGGGCUCCAGGCAUCCCUGGUUUGUGGCAGUGUCACUCCAGGCUCUGUCCCCCAUCUGCAUCUCCUCUUCUGUCUCUUCUAAGGACACCCGUCAUUGGAUUUAGGCCCGUCUUCAAUAAGAAUCAUCUCCUGUCAAGAUCCUUAGCAUCACACCUGCAAAGACCCUCUCCCAUCAGACGCCCUCCACAGGCCCCAGCCACUAGGAGACGAGCGUGUCCUUUUAGGGACACCACUCAGACCACCAAGGCUCCUCCUCCGAGCUGCCCCUCCCUUCUCAGGAAUGGUCCUGGCCCAGCAAAAACCCCCAGGGCCCCCUUCCCUUCCCAAAGCCUGAGCCUCCCAGAGAUACGGCCCUAAAGACACCUCUGCAUUUCUGCAUGAGGGUCCCUGAGGUUAAAGGAGCAGGUGCACCUGUGGUGUGUGGUGGCCUCAAGAUGCAAGUGACAGCAACCAAGGCCCUAUCCCUUCCCUUUCCUCCCCUCCCUGCCCCUUCCGAGCUCAGCCACUGCCUUUGGGGGAGGAUGAUCAACAGGGUCACAGGUGAGGCAGGUGCCCGAGGCCCCCUCCAUGUUUUGGUGAAUAAAAGGGAGGUACCAGCCAA